CCUGUUCGGUCCAAGUGUUGAAGUGUGGAAUUGUUGUUAAUUGUACGCUAUCAACAUGGUGACCCUUAGAUCCGGAACCAUUACCACCCCCUACAGCAAAGAGCAGGAGGAGAGAGCUGCCGCCCUUCUGCGUGAGAAGAAAGAGAAGAUGGAGAAGAGGGAACUAAUCAAACAGGCUAAGAUGUUGGCAGUGCUGGAGGAGCAGGAAGCAAAGAAGAGGCAGACGGAGGAGGAGAUGGAAAGAUGGAAGGAGCACGAGGAGAAGAUGACAGCUGUUCAGGCCGAAGAAGAAGAAGAAGAAAAAGAAGAAGUGGAGGAGGAAGAAAAAAGACCGCUAGAGAGGAGAAGAGGAGGAGGAAGCACAAGUAAAGACGCGAAGAUUGCGAAAAGAGCGCAGGAAUGGGCCGCGCAUUUGGAGUUAGGGGAAGACCGGGAGGCUGAGAUGACUGUACCUGAGGAAGAAAGAGAAGCGGCCAGGAGGCAAAUUGAAGCAGAGAGGGAUCCAGUAAAGAGAAGGGCGAAGGAGGAGGAACAACGGAUGGCGUGGAGAUACCGGUUAUCCCAAGAAAAGGUAAAGCGAUUGGAAGUGGCAGAGAGGGUGGACAAGGACCUAAGAGCGACGGAAGUUAGGAUGGGGAAGAUCCGAGCGGAGACUGAGCUAGCAACCAAGCUAUAUACGCUGAUCCAAAGUGUAGAGGCUUAAUUAGUCGCACAACAGGAACAAAUGCAGUACGAACGC